GCUCUCAAGUUUAUAUAUUGCUCUGUAUCUUCCCGAUAAUGCAAGCAAGAAGAGUGGAUUGAGAAGGUUUGGUGAAUUUCAUCCAUGGCAAAGCUGAAACAGAGCAACUCUGCUUUUGUGUGUCUGGUUAUUAUCUUCUUCCUCAGUGCUUCCUCUGUUUCAAUUUGUGCGCGCGUGGCACCUCUCUUGCAGACCUACGAGAAAUCGAUCUUCACCUCAGACUUUCACUCCAUUUACGACACUUCCAAGUAUGGUAUACUUCAGCUCAACAACGGUUUGGGUCGGACGCCUCAGAUGGGGUGGAAUAGCUGGAACUUCUUUGCCUGCAAUAUUAAUGAAACAGUCAUUAAGGAGACAGCUGAUGCACUUGUAUCAACGGGUUUGGCUGAUUUAGGUUAUGUGUACAUCAACAUAGAUGAUUGCUGGUCUUCUGCAGCAAGAAAUUCAAAGGGUCAACUGGUCCCUGAUCCUAAGACUUUUCCAUCAGGAAUCAAAGCUCUUGCAGAUUAUGUACACAAAAAGGGGCUUAAGCUUGGUAUAUAUUCUGAUGCAGGGGUAUUUACAUGUCAAGUCCGACCAGGAUCACUUUUCCAUGAAGUUGAUGAUGCAGACACAUUUGCCUCUUGGGAUAUAGAUUAUUUGAAGUAUGACAACUGCUACAAUCUGGGCAUCCCGCCAAAAAAAAGAUACCCACCAAUGCGUGAUGCCCUGAAUGCAUCUGGACGUGCAAUUUUCUAUUCACUAUGUGAAUGGGGUGUCGAUGACCCUGCUUUAUGGGCAGGCAAGGUUGGAAACAGUUGGCGCACAACUGAUGACAUCAAUGAUUCAUGGGUCAGCAUGACAACUAUUGCUGAUCUGAAUGACAAGUGGGCAGCUUAUGCUGGUCCUGGAGGAUGGAAUGACCCAGAUAUGCUGGAAGUUGGCAAUGGUGGCAUGACUUUCCCGGAAUACCGUAGUCACUUUAGCAUCUGGGCAUUAAUGAAGGCUCCCUUGUUAAUUGGAUCUGAUUUGAGAAGUAUGAGUCAGGAAACAUAUUUGAUUUUCAGCAAUAGAGAAGUUAUUGACUUAAACCAAGAUUCACUUGGAGUUCAGGGGAGGAAGGUUCAAGUUUCUGAAGAUGGUUGCUGUCAGGUCAUAUCUUUUGCACUACCUCUUACUGCAUUUGUGCAAUGAAGCCCGGGUUAUUUUAUCCCUGUUUCUUCUGCUUCUUGUGAUCAUGAUGAUUAAUUGUUCCAAUGGUGUCUGUCCAAAUCCAGGAGUUCACACGCUUGAUGCCUCUUCAUCUUGGAGGUUGAUUAAUAUGGCUUUCAUUUAACUGAAAAAUAGAAUACGAAGCUCCUAGUCUUAGAUGCUCCCUUUAAAAGAAUGGAUUGAGAACUCCUAGAUAAUUGUGAUGCA